CCUCCGCCAACAUCCCGCCCUACACCCCCAUGAAAUCCCUCGGCCACGAACUCGGCAUCCUCUUCGGGUUCCUGGUCGCGUGCUUCGUCGUGAUGGCCGUGUAUGUCCACAUCUGGAACGCCAUCGAACGCCGCGAAGCCCACCGCGACAAACUCCGCCACCAGAUGCUGGACACCCGGCGCGUGGACCCGCGCCUGCACGAGCAGCGCCUGCACCCGGACUACCGGCCCAUGGGCACCUCGACUACCAUCACGGCCGGGUCGACGACGGUCCUCGGUGGGGGGAGCAGUGUCGCGGGUGGCUAUGGUGGUGGUUAUGCCGGUGGAGGCGCAGGUGCAGGGACAUCGACCCCGACCACCGCGACCGGAACGGCAUCUGGCUCGGCGAUCGGGAUCGAGAAGAUCAUUGAGAAGCGGGCGGAGUUGGCGGGACUGCACCAUCACCAGCAGCACCAGCACCAGCACCAGCGGAUACCUUCACAGGAGGAGAUCGGGGUGGCGGUUACGACGCCUAGUGCGGAAUACGAUGUGAAAGGCGACGUGAAAGAGAAAUGGCCGGGGAGGAAAGCGUCCUCUGCCUUUGGGUUGGAAUUGGGAAUAGGGAAACGGCAUUUGAGUUUGAGGUCGCAUCCGGUUGGGGGGGAUUCCGGGGCUGGAAGUGAGGUGAAGAGGGCGGGGAGUAUGGGAGUGGGAGUGGGCGUGGGAGUGGGAGGGUCUUCCCCGGUGGAGGGGCGGACGGGCAGUAGUAGUGGGCAGCG